UUUUUCCUGGAUUGCUACACGCAUGCGCGUGGCGAAAUUCAAAAUCAAAAUGGCCGCCGGUCGGCUGAAAUCCUAGCGGUUUUCCAAAAAUUUCUAGCUCUAUUUUCUUUCUCAGUUGACCAUUGUAGACAGCCGGCAUGUCUCAGGAAGGCGGAUCGUUUCGCGUAGUCUUUCUAGUCGACACCAGCCCCAGAAAGGACUGUGCUGCCGAAGAGGAGAGGGUUUCCAACGCGCUCAACCUGUCCGCCUUGAAGAUUUUGUCCCACUUCGCAAACAAAAAUGGACAGACGAAGGAGAACAUUCUUUGGGGUUACAAAUUCUUCAACUCCUCGAAAGUAAAAGCUCCGAGAGAUCGCUUCAACUUUCGUCAGUUCGACAGCAAGCUUUUUGAAGCGUUCGAGGCCGAAGUCAGCGGACGUUUAGAGCCACCAUGGUCUGGGAAGGAAAACGAAGUAAGCGAGAGGAGCGAGCCAGGGGCGACGAAACUGUUUUCCUCAGCCGAAACAUUUCGGACCGCCUUGUCCGAGAUCACUUACGAAUUCAACUGGGAUAUGCCGGACAUAAGUUCUCCCUGUAAACCCGUUCGACAUGCUGCGACUCGUAUCAAACUCCGUGGAAAGUCGGGAGCUAGAACUCCACAACUAAACACGAUCAUGUCCACGAUCUCAAGAAACUUUGUGUUUGUCUUGUCUCCCUGCCCUACGACGUCUGAAGAUCUUGUUGAGUUCGUGGGGAGUACAAGGAAAGAUGGACUGGGUGUGGAAGCCGUCAGGACAGCGAUGUUACCGCCGCAUGUGUACAGACAGAUGGCAGAAACAUGCAGGAUACGGCUAUACUGGGUCGACUUGCAGUCUUUCAGGAAUGAGCAACAGGUGGCGGACCAGAUGGGAGUAGAUCUGGUGGCACAGGUGCUGGAAGGACUGAAUGGCUGCGUCAUCCCUGGUAAUGCACUCUUACAGCUGGGGAGUCAUGUGACCAGCAGUGUCCAAUCACUGCUUCCGAUCAGUAAGACAUCAAGGUCCAUUACUAAGGAUGGUGCUGCAUUAGAAGUUCCUGACUUCCCCCUGACUUCAUCUUCAGUACUGGAGUAUUACACAGCCAGAAGCUGGGAGAGACAGGACAUGGAUGGUCACAUAUCUGCUGUGUUGUGCCAUGGUGGAGACAGAAGGGUGUCAUGUUCUCUUGAGCUGCAGCCAAUGUUCCCACCACAAAGCAGGAUACCAGCUGUAAGUUCCAUCCUUUCCCAAGGUCCUAGCAAGACGGACCAUCCUGUGCAUGCAUUAUCCAUUGAGUGGAAUGGCAGUUCAUCUCCACAGAAUCUCACAUGUAGUACAACAUUACACAUGGAUCAAGGGGCAUCUCAGGGCCAAAGGUCAGGUGUGAGAGGUCAAAGUGCAGCAGGAUGUAGGAGAGGCCUGAUGUUGAUGGUAAGAGGCACCAUAGAGCGAGGCUGCUUGCCGCUCAGCUGCUUCCAUCCUACGCAUGCCUACACCUGUGUCGUGCGCAACGAGGGUUUGAGGACAUCGGCUGAGACAGAAGGGAGUAGUGUUACACUGGAGGACCUGUUACUGGUGCUGUCACGAGAAGGACUGUCUAUGGUUGUAGACUUCCAUGAUCCAUCAGCGUACGUGCCUGUAACAGGAGUCCUACAGCCGCUGACUGCUGCCUCCGCCACGCUGACCGUAGUACGCUCUGACAUGCUUCUCACGCUUGAGAAGGUUAUCGCUUUCCCCAAAGUCAGUGAGGAGUCCAGCAAGGCAGAUCAUGUGGACACGUUUGUGAAAAGAUGUGUAUCACAUUUCUUGAAGAAAAAUGGACAAGAAGAGACAGAAGAUCACACAGUGGCAGACACUGCAAUGUCAUCUGGCAGUUCUGCAUUGUUGGACUCCAGCUUGACAAGGUUCAGGCUGAGAACACUGGAACCCUGGUACAAAACCUCAUCCAACUCUGGCACUAGUACCUCAUUCAUUCAAAAACUGUCCAGUAUUCCAGAGGAUGUGCCUGAUGAGGAAGUACAAGAACCACAACUCUUAGAGCUUCUACAUAAAUUCUACACCAACCAACUCAUUGGUGGGGCCAAACCUCAGGAAAAGGGAAAAGUAGGAAAAGAUGUAAGCAGUAAGGAAGAGAAGCCAGCAGACCCCAGUAGUGUGGUGAGCCGUCGGAGCAAGCGGCUGCUGGCCAGGAUACCCAGCUUCUCAGACAGCCUGUCUGCAAGGGCCAAGCAGAUUGUUGGUCUGAGUUACAAGAAACAUGAAGAACAGAAAACCAAGCCGAAGGAGGAGGAGACAGCUGAGUCCCAGCUGGACAGAGAGAAACACAGGAUCGUGGAGGAGAGGAAAGAGGUCAUGAGGAAUGUGGCCAUACCUACAGAUUUUACUGAUGAGGACAGCCUGAUUUCACAGCUGAAAGAAAACUACAAACAAUGGCUGGAAGAGGAUAAACCGUUGCUGCAGUUUGUGCAAAGUUCUGUACAGGUGGCGCUUCACUACGUGAAGUCACAGGGUACAGACGAUCCAGAGACGUACACCAGGCAGCUGUUAGAAGACAAGUUCCUGUCCAAAGCCAAGGCCAUUAGAGACAAGUAUAAGAACACCAGUGACCAGGCUGAAGUACAGAUGAAGAUUAGAGAGUGAGUAGUUAUCUCCAAGAGUCCAG